AUGAACAAUUACUUCACAAUCGAGCGUGUUACUGAUUUCAAUUCUCGCUCUCGUAAUACUUAUGGCCAAAUUUGCCAUAUACGAUUCAAUCCUCUUGAAGACCACCCGCGCCCAGAUUUGGCUCUCACAAGCCUAAUUGAACAACUUUUGGAUCGGGUGCUCGCCGGAAGACCAGCACCACUUCGUGUUGGUCUUCAGGUGCAACCACCAAAUUUCCAUCACCCGUUUACAAUUCCACUUCGACCACUUGGCCAGAAUAAUCCUGCCGCUUUGGCCGCAGCAAUUGAACGACUGAACGAAAUGUCUCAGGCCGGAAUUGAUUUGUUAUCGGGAACAACAGUAACAAAAGUUGUGGGCGUGUGGCCAUUAGAUGGACAACGAACAAAUAAUCCCGAUGGCCGAUCUGGUAGUUGUGAUUUGGAAUCCGACCAUGUUUUAUCGUCCCGGUGCCGAUCGAUUGUGCGCGUCCACAAUCCUAACGACAGAUACUGCCUUGCUCGUGCAGUAGUUAUCGGACUGGCAAAAAUUAGGAUGGUGGAUCAAGGCAUACCCAACGGACCCGCUAGAUUUAAAGAAUUUUGCCAACAACAACAUCAACAUUUAUUCCAAGUAGAAAAUUUAAUGCGAAAUGCAGGACUUGCAUUUGGACUUAUGGAAUAUUCUCUCGAACAUGUUGCAAUCUUGCAACACUGGUUAAACAUCUUUUUUGAAGAUGAAUAUUAUGUUCGUAUUGUUGUUUUCCAAAAGGAACAACAAUAUAGAAUAGUCUACAAGGGAGAUGGAAGAGCAGCGCGAUACAAUUUAUGUUUACUGCUUGAAAAUAAUCAUUAUCAUUUUAUCGGACGCCCUGAACAACUUUUCUCUGUACAACGCUAUUGUAUUGACUGUGAGCGUUCUUACACCCGAUGGACUCACUGGUCGGGAUACAGUAUUUCUGAAAAAGUUUUAUGCCAAGACUGUGGAUUUGUUUUUCCUAAUCGUUCUUGUUUUGAUUACCAUUUAAUAAAUAAUGCACCUGAAGAAUUUAUUAGAUGCGAUAGCCGUACUUUUGUUUCCAUUUGUCAAAUGAGACGCAUUUGUAAUAUAUGCCAUCUUAUUAUUUAUCGGCAACAACAACAUGAAUGUCGACGACAACAACAACAAAAUUUAAUUUGUAAAAAAUGUCGGGGGCCUCACACAGAGGAAUUACCUUGUUAUAUUCAGCCAUUAAAAGCUGAAGAAGAUUCUGAUGAAGAAGAUCAACAACCACAAAAGAAACGACAAUCUCCAAUUCGUUUAUGCUUUUUUGAUGCUGAAACCAGCCAGGAUGAAAAUAUACAAAUUAGCUGCAAUAUUAAUGGAUAUAAACAUGUUCCAAUACUUAUAAUUGCCGAGAUAAUUUGUGAGAACUGCAUAAAGGCUGGAAUUAAAAUUGAAGAUGUAGGCCAACGUGCCGUAGGAUGCUUUUGCGGGAAGCCCCGAGGAGAAAGAUGGCGCAAUUGGUGUUCACCAUCUUUCAAAAAUGCCGCUGGCGACAACACCGCCUUUCCAAAUAGAAUUUCAUUUAAUCCUCGCCGUAUGUUUUUCCAUUCCUUCGACAACACCCAUGAAAGCCCUGUGGAUCAAUUUCUUGAUUAUCUUCUUAAUCAUGGUUCGCAGCAAAUGUUAACUAUUUGUAUAGCCCAUAAUGGUGGUAAAUACGACUUUCACUUAGUUCUUGAAGCUCUACACAGGCGAAACCAACCACCAACAAGAUUGUGCACAACAGGUCUUAAAAUAUAUUCUAUGAAAUUAACUGGGAACCACAAAAGAAAAGUCUUAUUCAAAGACUCGCUUAAUUACUUCAGUUGUGAGCUUGAUGCUCUAACAAAAAUUUUCUCAAUACCUGAAGAAGUAGCAACAUCCAAACCAUUCUUUCCCUAUCUUUUUGUAAAAAGACAGCAUCUUCAUCAAAGAAUUCAAGGACUUCCUGCACUUCAUUAUUAUCAGCCUGAAUAUAAAAAUUCAGUGAAGAGAGAAUCGCUUUUAGAGUGGUAUCAACAACAACUAUGUGAUCAGUCAACUAAUUUCCAGCUUCGUGAACAACUUAUUCUAUAUUGUGCUAAUGAUGUUGCUAUUCUACGUGAAGGAGUUCUUCGAUUCCGGCAUCUUAUUGGCCAGCACGCGCAAAAGUUGGACCCUUUUCUAGCCGCAUCAACAAUUGCUGGUUUGGCUCUUACAACUAUGCGUCGCUGUUUCCUGCCUGAAAAUUGGCUCGUCCAUUCACCGGAGGGAGGCUAUUUGAGAGGAAGACGUGCCUCUGCUGAAUCGCAGCGAUACAUCCGCUUAUUCGAACAACAAAAUCCUGAAGCAGCAGGAAAGAUUCAGCAUGCACAAUGGGCAUUGGGAGAAGCACAUGUGGAAGAUUGUGGGUAUAGAUUGGAUGGUCUUUGGCAGCGAUCUCCUCCACAACGCCCUUUAGCAAUUGAAUACAUGGGUUGCUACUUCCACGGCUGUCCAAGAUGCUUCCCUCGUCGGGAUCAACGUUUAGCCGCCGGCCGUACUGCUGAAGAACUUUAUGAAAGGACACAACAACGUCUUUGGGAAUUGGAACACCAGCACGGAUUUGAACUUCAUGUAAUCUGGGGCCAUGAAAUGAUGGAAAAGUUAAGAAAUAAUCCAAAGUUGCGCCAUCAAUGGCUUGAAAUUGAUUGUGUUCGACCUCUUGAUCCAAGGGAGGAUUGUCUUCGAGGUGGUAGGACAGAGCCGUUCAAACUUCAUCACUUUUGUGCUGAAGAUGAGGAAAUUAUCUAUAUCGAUAUUGUAAGUCUCUAUCCCUAUGUGAUGAAGUCAUGGCCCUUCCCAGUUGGGCAUCCUCAUGUUUUGACUCGUGAAACCUUGCUUGAUCCAUCAAACAACAACCCUUUGCCCUGGACAAUUCCAGAGCACAACAUCUACAAGGGUUUACUUCUUGUGAAAAUAGAACCACCCACAUGCUUGCCUGGAAAUCUUCCACCUCUUCUACCUUAUCGUACCCAUGAUGGCCGGCUCACAUUUCCGCUUUGUGCAAGAUGCGCCGAUGAUAAACAACAGAGGCCUUGUACCCAUUCAAAUCGUGAGCGUUCCUGGCUGACCGGCUACACUCACGUGGAGCUGAAUGCUGCUUUGGAACUUGGGUAUAAAGUCGUGGAUAUUUACGAGGUUUGGAAUUAUGACCAAUGGGACAACAAACUUUUCCAAUCAUAUGUAAACACAUUCGUGGGGCUAAAGCAAAUGGCUAGCGGCUGGCCGGAUGGUUGUGUAACUCAAAUGGAUAAAGCUGAAUAUCUGCUAGAUUUUGAACGAACUGAGGGUAUUGCUUUGGAUCCAGAUCGAAUUGAGAAGAAUCCGGGUCUUCGAAUGAUUGCGAAAUUGUUGGCAAACUCACUUUGGGGUAAACUUGCACAGCGUGUUUGUGGAACCGAAGUCCGUUACGCCACAACACCAGCAGAAUUUCAUCAAUUAUUUGAAGAUCCGACAACAGAAAUGCUCGAUUUCGAUCAUGUUAGUGAGCAUUUGGAUCGGUGUGUAGUCAGGAAAAAGGCAGAAUUUGCCAAAGCACCCAACACCAACUGUAUUCCUGUAGCAGCGUUUGUGACUUCGUAUGCUCGUUUACAUCUUUACGAUUAUAUGAAGAAAGUUCAUGAAAUUGGCGCCCGUCUUUUGUAUUGCGACACUGAUUCCUUAAUCUAUGUUGGGAAGGUUGGUGGUCCACGUGUACCCGAAGGGGAAUCGCUUGGGAAAAUGAAACGUGAAAUUCCUUCACGUCGAAUUUUGGAAUUUGUUGCUGGAGGGCCAAAGAACUAUGGGUACAGACACGUCGACGCAAAUACUGGGAUGGAUGAGCGAGCAGAGCUUAAGAUCCGCUCUUUCCCGCUCUCUUAUGCCACACAUCAAUUACUCAACUUUGAGAGCAUGAAGGAACUUGUGCUUAAUCAGUUUAAUGUUGAUGGAAUAAUGGAUGAAGCGCUUGCUGAACCCAUCUUUAACAGGACUGGUGGAAAUUGCAAUUCAAUAUGUGUGCAAUUCCCUCAGAUUGGCAGAACUCGACGAUCACAGCUUUACACGCAUUUGACAACAAAACAAUAUAGACCGUAUUAUGAGAAGGGGAGAAUAAUGCCAGAGAUGGAAACUCUUCCGUUUGGAUACAUAGAAAUUCCGACUGGAAGUGAUCAUGGACACCCAAGACAAACAACAUGA